GCGGAGGACUUCGUCGCGGGGCUGCGGCGGGUGGCCGGCGACGGCGGGCCGCGCGCCGCCCGCGGCGAGCGGCGGCUCACCGUGGCCUCGGCGGCCCUGCGCUGGGAGGACCAGCUGGACCACACGCCGGUGCUUGUGGACGGCGUUACCGGCAGGCAGACCAACGAGUUGUGCGCGAAGAUCUCCGAGCUGUGCAUCCCGCCGCCGGACUUCGAGCCCACGACCGCGUGCGUGUGCCGCCAGAUGUGGGACUGGGCUGACCCGAACCACACGAGCGCCAAGCAGGAUGUCAGACGGAGAUUGAACCAGAUGGUCCACAUUGACGCAGAUCCUCCAGCGACAGACGCGGUGGACAACCCACUGACCAUCGGCAACGCGCGGCUCCUGCAGGGGAUUGACGACGGCUCCAACUCCAGCGCGUCCGCCGACGAGACCUCCGACCCUCCGGGCGGCUCCGACUCCACCACGGCAGGUGCUGCAGUAGACGGCCCUGGUCCGUGGGAGGACACGAUGGGCGAGUACUGCAACGCUUGGCACGGGAACACCGGCAACGCUACUCAGUGGUGCUUCGUGAACCCCAGCCAGCAGUGCCGGCGGGAGCUGAUGGAGCAGGCGCAGUGUACGUCGACGGGUACUUCUUGCGUCAAGUCGGGCGGGCCCUGCACGGACUCCGUGGACUCGCGCUCCCUUGUCGUGAUCGAGGGCCUGGAGCAGAUGGACUGGCCGCUGAUCUGGGCAACGGUGCUGGGCACGACGCUCCUCCUCUGCGGCGCCUGUGCGCUUGCUGCCGCGCACCACAAUCAGAGGAUGCAGAGGAAGAAGAAGAGUCAGUGGGCUCAGGACGCCUACAAGCAGACGGCGGAGGCGACGGGCCCGUCGGGUCAGGCGUACAAGAGCGAGAACGAGCGCUUCGAGGAAGCCCAGCGCGAGGCAGUCAGAAAGUUGAAGGAUUCGACGCCUCAAGAGAUCAAGUGGGAGGGGUGGCCAGGGAGGUGUAUUGGGAGCAGAUAG